AUGAGGUUCAGCAAGAAAGGAAAGUUGAGCCCUAGGUAUAUUGGACCCUUCGAGAUCUUAGAAAAGGUUGGAGCAAUGGCUUAUCGUUUGGCAUUACCACCAGACCUCUCAAAUAUUCACCCUGUAUUUCAUGUGUCAAUGCUUAGGAAGUAUAAUCCGGAUCCAUCUCACGUAAUGCGGUAUGAAACCAUCCAGUUGAAAGAUGAUUUGACUUAUGAGGAGCAACCAGUAGCCAUCCUUCAUCAGCAAGUCAAAAAGCUCCGUUCAAAGGAAGUAGCAUCAGUGAAAGUGUUGUGGCGAAACCACACCAGUGAAGAGGUAACGUGGGAAGCUGAUGAGGAAAUGCGAGCAAAGUAUCCCCAUCUUUUUGAUGAAUAG